AUGGCGGAGACCAAGAGUGAACGGAUACGUCGCCUCACCAACGAGAUGAUGCCCGCGACGGCCCGGUUGGCCAGCUUGGAUCCAUCACCAACAUUGAUGGUGAGUAAUAUUACAGACCAGAUCGUGGCCGGUAUAGGUCUGUUGGACACUUCCUCAGAUGCCACCACCUCACUGCGUCCUGCUGCCGAGGAUUCAGCGGCGAACGAGCAAGAGGAAGAAAGCGAUUACGAAUGUUCUACAUAUUCCGACGACGAAGAGGAAGGUGAAAGCGAUGAGACGUUUGAUGCGCCACCUCUGCUGGGAUACCUGAGAAAUAUUCGCGGUGCUAUCGUCGAGAAACAUAAACCUCGAAGCCUUAGUCAGGUCCGGGGACUCAAGUCCCACAUCAACCCCUUCCCACACCAACAGCGAGCCGCGGCAGUAGCUGUACAAGCAGGAGAAACUGAAUUUAAAGGCUUCAUUCUUGCGGACCCGCCCGGGCUUGGGAAGACCCUUCCGGCGUUGAUGGCGAUAGCUGCGAAGUUCCGUGAGGGGGGCGGGCCCUCCGUGGUCGUUGCACCGUUGAGCUGCUGCCGGCAGUGGAUGAGCGAGAUGGACUCGUAGUUUGACGGGACAAGGUGAGCUUUAUUCUACCCAACGUGUUUGUAUACCUGUGCUGAUGAGAGAUAUAGAGCAGAAUGCCAGCAAGAUUCCUAG